CAGGGCCAGCCCCCCACCGUCUGCCGUCGGCCGUCCCUCUCUCUGUUCAGUCAGCCAGUCCGUCGUCUUCUAGUGCAGUGACAGCUGAACAGUGCAGUCAUGGCCGGUCGCAGCUGUAUGCACUACGUGCGCCUGGUAUGCAGUUGCAUCGGCGUCGCCGUGGGCCUGCUGGCCUGCGCCACUUUCGCCGUGCCAUCGCCCUACCAGCACAUCACCGCCUCGGGGCUCGCUUUCAUAUCAGCUGUAUUUGCUGCUGUGUGUCUAACACUGCAUGCUUUGCAUCACCGAAGUGUACUACAAGUCUACCAUUCUUCAGAGACGCUCAAUGACCUAUCAAAACUAGGAUUCUGUGUAUUCGUUAUUGGAUUUGCUCUUACCACCUGGUUCAUAUUUGAUGGUGUAUACCAUAAAAUGGGCAUGAAGCCAUUCGCGGACAGCCCAUACAUCAGUGCCGUUUGGUCGUUCAUGACAGCAAAGUGGGGCAUCCUCCUUUGGUCUGCGAGUCGUAUGUACUCAGGUUUAAUGAACUCUGGAUCUCUAUUGGGGGAUUGAUAGGGAAGUUUCACUCAACCAUCUUACUCUGAAUUCUUGCCCUGUCACUCUCACAGCGCAUAUUGAACUCUGUACUGAUCAGGCGAUAAUAAGCCUCAGUUCUGUUCCAAUUUUUUAAUGCUCAAAAAUCGGGCUUAGGUAUCAUGAAUAAAUGUAAAUUCUCAUGCCAUAGCUUUUAAACUGUGGCUAAUAAUUGGGUGUUAUGCGAGUUCUGUGAUUUUAUAUACCAGUAGGUACAUUUUUUACUAGCUAUUGUACAUUUUGUGCCUUAGGACUCCUUUUAUUAUUAUUAUUUUAAGUAGCCUUUAUUUUUAUAUGGUUGUACAGAUUUUUAUUGUCUUAAAUGGAUUAAUGUUGAUGAAUUGAAAUUCCAUGUUGACUGUGCACAAAAGCACUUUGAUAUUAGGAGUUUAAAAAAUUGUGGUAUUGUCUUCCAUGAGUUAUUCAGCAUGUGUUGCUGCCAUCAACUAUCACUGUAUUGGAACUAGCAUUUAUAAUGUGUAGGUUUAAAUUUUUCAUUCAAGGGUAGACUACAAAACUGAGAAGUAGGAAUUUAACAUAACUGUUCAAAUGUUCCUAUACUUGUCACCCUUUUAAAAAGAUGGAGGAAGGUGAUUAGGUAAUCUCCACAAUACUGUGUAUUACUUUUGAUCAAAUAACUUAGAUAAUGAUGAACUAGUUGGGGUGUGAUAUUUUGUAUUCGAGUCAAUCUUCUCCGUCUUUUCUUAUUCACUCAUGAUGUAUAUACAGUAAGUAUGCUAGUGUCAUUCGUCGAUAUCAUUGGUGCUGUGAAUAUACAUGCCAUUUCAAUGGCCAUGAUUAAAAUAACAACUUAACUUUCUGA